UGACAGAAUCAGGACAGGGAAAAAGGGGAAGGAAUGGAAAGGAGAGGUCGGCGAGUGGAAAGCGAAGAGCGACUCCUCCCCACCCCCAAAAAGAAGGGAUCGCAUAGGUACAUACACGCACGCAUACAACGAAGCGCACGGUUUGCUCGGACGUUGUUAGAACUACCUCUUAGGCAUGUACUCGACGACAAUACAUACGGUGACGAUUGGCCGAUGGCUCAGUAACAGGAAAACGAGGGAUUAUUGCCUACGGCGCCCGUAUCCCCUGUCUUUCGCCCCACGUGCCCUUUUUUUUUUUUUUUUUAAACCGGCGGUUACCGCAGUGGCAGAUAUAGGCUACCUAUCCAAGAAAACCUCGGAAGGAUGGGAAUGGGGGGCGGGCAGCACGGCUAUAUUGCCGGUGCCAUGCAUGCUACCUACGUAAAAGAGGUCAUGGCUGAGAAACUGGACGAAUCCGAACCGAGCCUAGCUAGCCCUUAUCCGCACCCUGAGCCUCCGACUCUCGAGAGUCAUGUGAGUAUAAUAUUGUAUACACAUAGGAGGAUCGAACGAAUAUUGGCGGCUCCAAAAGUCGGUGACCUCCCUCUCCGUGCAAGUGCACUGAGAGCGCCCCACCCGAGCUCCGCUCCGGGAUCUUGGGUCCCGGAGAUCGACCCCCCCGGCAAGUCUUCCGAAAAAUGCAUACCUACGAAGAGAGGGGGUCUGGGGGAGGGCAGAGGGGGGAGACAGCCGUCUCCCUCCCUAGUCGACCCCACUCGCUACCCUCUUGGUUCUUCUUCCACGCAUGAGGAUUCCCAAUAUUGGCUUUCUAGUGCUGACGACUGCAGCGGGCGUAUCUGCGGCAGGGUAGCUAAAUAUAGAUGGGCAUCUGAGAUAGCCCGGAAGAACCAUCGACGAACGUGCGUCUACGCGAGCCUCGUCCGAAGAUCCCGACGCAACCUGGCACUGGGUAUACCUACCCACGCAGCUCUACGUCUAUGACUCAGCAGGUCUCCCCAUCCGAAUCGGCUCAUGCGUCUGUUCGCGUGGCCAUACCGUGCCGUGUGACCCCCGUCGCGAGAAGGCCUAGACGAAGCUGCGAACCCGCCCGCGCAGGGACUAGCAGGCCGAUGGCGGCUCUUGGUACGAUCCCGCGACGCAGAUACGGCAAGCUGAACACGAGAGCCUCCAAGCGUGCUCGCAUUCUUCGCUUUUGUCGCCUGCCUAUAUUUAUAGUCGCCGCUUAGUCCCAAUGCGUCGCCGGGCCCAUGUGCUCUCGGGCACCGUGCAUUGACUUGCCUGGCCACUUAUUUUUAUCUCGGGUCUGUUACGAGCAGGCCAAUUGCGCGCGUCGCCCAACCCCGUCCCAACCCGCUUUUGUGACAUCGGCGAGUUUGGUGAUGCUCGUCGACAGUUGCCGGUCCGCAUGUGAUGGUGCGAGCAAAUUCGUCCAUCCCGCUAUACGCCGGUUACCUACCUAGCUAGCUCGACCUACGUUCCACGGGCCAUCCUGCUUCCCAGUUUUCACGAAGACUCAAGGGC